AAAAGGGUAAAAAAAUAAAGGUAGUAACCAAGUAGGAAUAGAUUGGAACAUUGUGUGUUGUUAUUUGGGAGAGUGAAAGUGUGUUUGCGUGGCUGUUUUGUUAGCAUCUCUGUAGUAGUGAGUGGGGUUGAGACGCCUUUGAUUCCAUUCCAAUGGAUCUUGAUAGCAACGCUCCCAAUUCUGCGAUCAAGAAACGCAAGCAGGACGAAGAGGAUGCCAUUGUAGGUGACAAUGAAAACUCUAUGAAUGUGGGAGAGUCCUCUGGUAGUGGUGACCUCUGCAAGAGUUCCACCUCAGGAUCGCUGAAUUCAAACAAUCCCAAUGGUUCUGAUGAUAUUUCAUGUGAGGAUGAUGAGGAUAUGAUUGAUGAAGGUGAAAUGGAUGAAGAUCCUGAUUAUGGCUCUGAAGUUGAUUAUGAUGAGGACUACUACGACGAUGUUUAUUCAAGUAUGCAGGAUCAAUUUGACAAUUUACCUACUGGGGUUGAAGCGUCACUGCCUUGGUUGAAGGAUAUUGGUUCAAGUGAAUGCAAGCAAGUUGGUGCUUCUGAAGGAUCAAGUUCCCAUGGAAAAGCAGAAGCCAAGGAUGAUAUUGUGAUGCAAAAAUAUCGGCAAUUUAAGCAAUUUGAUGUUGUUGAUUCUUUUCCUGAUCAUUUCUUUGAUAAGCAGGGUACUUCAGCGGCACAGCGAUCCAAGAACUGGGCCAAAAGAAUUCAGGAGGAGUGGAAAAUUUUGGAGGAGAAUUUGCCAGAAACAGUAUUUGUUAAAGUUAGUGAAUCCAGGAUGGAGCUUCUGAGGGCUGCCAUCAUUGGACCUCAAGGCACUCCAUACCACGAUGGUCUUUUCUUUUUUGAUUGCUUCUUUCCUGAUAACUAUCCUGCUUCUCCCCCGAAAGUUCACUACCACUCCGGUGGCGUUAGGAUAAAUCCAAAUUUAUAUAAAUGUGGAACAGUCUGCCUUAGUCUUUUGGGCACUUGGCAAGGUAGGAAUAAUGAUGAAAACUGGAUUCCAGGAAAAUCAACCAUGCUACAAGUUUUGGUUUCCAUACAAGCUCUGAUUUUGAAUGAGAAGCCCUUCUAUAAUGAGCCUGGAUACCCAGAAUCAUAUGGAGGCAGUCGAGAUGGGCAUAGAAGAUCUAAGGAGUACAGUGAUAAUGCAUUUAUUUUAUCCUUGAAGACAAUGAUGUAUACGAUGCGCAAACCUCCACAGCAUUUUGAGGAUCUGGUUGCUGGUCAUUUCCGGACCCGAGCACGUGACAUAUUGACAGCAUGUAAAUUAUACUCCGAGGGGGCUCCUGUUGGCUCAGUUGUAUAUAAUCUUGGUCCAACUGUUAGCAAUAGUACAGCCAAGAACCAGAAAGAAUUUGAGUUAGCUGUCCAUAGAAUGAUGAACACUCUUAUUGCCUUUUUCACUAAGAACGGAUCCACUGAUUGCGAGGAAUUUCGGUCGCCCGAGAUUUUGAAUAUGUCUGCUGCAGCUAAUGAAAGUUCUGAAGCCCUAUUAGGAUGGAUGUUCAUGCUGUGAAUAAGGAGUGUUAGUUAGGUUUCUUUCUGCUCUUACUUUUGGUGGCACUUUUGAUGUCUCACAUCAUGAUUCUCAUUGUUGAAUAUGCCGCCAACUUGUAAAAAUUUGACAUGCUAGUUUAGGGUUUUUGAUUUUCAAAAUGGCUUCAUUAGGCAGAGAAUAGUUUUUCCAAGACAUUUCUGGUUGGAUUCUCCAAAUUACUGGUUCUUUAAUCUUAAUUUAACUACUAGUUGUUCAAUCUUCAAUGCACAUGCUUCCAUUUAUGUCCUA